AUGCAGAAAUGACACGACUUACAUUCAUAAUCUCCGCCUCUUUACUCCUUUCUUCUUCUUCAUCUUCUACAGUUUGCUCAUUCAUGUACUUGAGAUUCAAGCCAUACCCAACACCAUAUGAAUCUCCUUUCUCUCUCUACUAUCAAUCAACAAUCUUCAAUUAUCCCCAUUCAUACUCACUUCUCUUCCCCUCUUUCUCUUGCUCUGGAUCCUCAAUCCCCAUACUUUUGAUUCUUCUUCUUCUUCUGUCUCUCCUCAAUCCUCAUUCCUCAUUCCAUCCAAUCUGCAUGUAACUAAAUUUACACACUAACUCUAAUCCAGUGUUCUUUCCCAUGGCUGCUACUUCCCCUGUUAUGCACACAUGGCUUGUGGCGGCUUGCAUGUCAAUUGCUACUGAAAAGGACGACAUUUAUUCAAAGAAACCUCGUUUCUAUCGAAACAAGAGGGUUUUGUCUAACUGUUGUAUCCGCGGCUCUGACUUCACCCAAACCCGAUUUUCCUCUCUCCCCGGAUCCAACAUUCGGGGAUUCAUGAACUAUUGCUCCCCAUUUCAGCCAGCAUGUGAUGGGUUAUCUUCCUCUGAUUUCUUUGGAUCUACAAAUGUUCAUGUCAGUCGUAUCAAGAGGCGGACAAACCGAGCUGCUCGUUCUGGGGAAGUUAUGGCUGUAGCUGUGCAACCCACAAUGGAUAUCUCCACAAAGAAGAAGCUUCCUGUCACGCAAAGACGAGUGGUUGUGACAGGGAUGGGGGUCGAGACUUCACUUGGAAGUGAUCCAGAUGUUUUCUAUAGUAAUCUGCUUGAAGGUGUAAGUGGGAUUAGCGAAAUCGAGGGUUUUGAUUGUUCCCAAUAUCCUACGAAAAUUGCUGGAGAGAUUAAAUCAUAUUCCACAGAGGGAUUGGUUGCUCCUAAACUGUCGAAGAGAAUGGACAAAUUCAUGCUUUAUAUGCUUACAGCAGGAAAGAAAGCAUUGGAAGAUGGUUUACUUACUGAAGAUGCAAUGAAUGAAAUGGAUAAAACUAGAUGUGGGGUUUUGAUUGGUUCUGCCAUGGGAGGUAUGAAGGUUUUCAAUGAUGCUUUUGAAGCUUUAAGAGUAUCAUACAGAAAGAUGAAUCCAUUUUGUAUACCUUUCGCUACAACCAACAUGGGUUCUGCCAUGCUUGCGAUGGAUCUGGGUUGGAUGGGCCCAAACUAUUCGAUAUCAACUGCUUGUGCUACGAGCAACUUCUGUAUUCUGAAUGCUGCAAACCAUAUCAUCAGAGGUGAAGCUGAUGUGAUGCUUUGUGGUGGAUCUGAUGCUGUAAUUAUACCUAUUGGAUUGGGAGGUUUUCUUGCAUGUAGGGCACUUUCUCAAAGGAACAAUGAUCCAACCAAAGCUUCACGACCUUGGGAUACUAGCCGUGAUGGAUUUGUUAUGGGAGAAGGUAGUGGGGUUCUGCUGUUGGAAGAGCUUGAACAUGCAAAGAAACGAGGUGCGAAGAUUUAUGCAGAAUUCCUUGGUGGAAGUUUCACUUGUGAUGCUUACCACACGACUGAGCCUCACCCUGAAGGAACUGGAGUUAAAUUAUGUAUCGAAAAGGCUUUAGCUCAAUCUGGGGUUUCCAGAGAGGAUGUGAACUAUAUCAAUGCACAUGCUACAUCUACACAAGCUGGAGAUCUGAAGGAGUACCAAGCUCUCAUUCGUUGUUUCGGUCAGAAUCCAGAGUUAUUGGUGAACUCUACAAAAUCCAUGAUCGGUCACCUAUUAGGUGCUGCAGGUGCUGUGGAAGCAGUUGCAGUCGUGCAGGCAAUAAGAACAGGCUGGGUUCAUCCAAAUGUCAAUCUCGAAUAUCCAGAUGAAUCUGUGGACACCAAUAUGUUGGUUGGGCCAAAGAAGAAAAAGCUGGAGAUUAAAGUGGCAUUAUCGAACUCAUUUGGGUUUGGCGGGCAAAACUCAUCCAUCUUGUUUGCUCCUUACAAGUAGCGUGUAAGGUCAUGUAGCUGUGUUUUAUUUUGGAUAAAUUUUGACUUAUGAAAGUAGAAGAAUUCUGUUGAUUGAUGGCAUUGAGAUUCGUCACCAAUUUGUUAUGUUUUAUUUCGGAUAAAUUUUGACUUAUGAAAGUAGAAUAAUUCUGUUUAUUGAUGGCAUUGAGAUUCGUCACAUGGCCAUAACAUCGGUUAAGCUCAUUAUACUAUGUUUUUGGUAACUGCCACUAGAGCUAGUGACGGUUGAGAAUCUGAUUAUUUACCUGCAAAUAAGAUUGUGUAGACGAUACAAUUGAAAAGGCGAUAUAGAUAACUGUAUAAUGGUUAUGUUGUAUGUCUUCCUACGAAAUUUGGAGAAUCUGGGCCAGCUUGUGGAGAUAAAACAGAGUUUUUGUUCGAUUAGU